UAAUCAAUAGACUUAGGUUAGACAUAGCGGAUUUAUAUUCCAGAAUUCUUCCGCGGUUCUACCGAGAGAGUUUAUAACAUUCAACUCACCCGGUAUACUGGUGAUAAUUUCAGUGAUUCCAGUACAGUUGAUGGAAGGUGUUCAGUAAUUUAAAGUCACGUACUAUCUCUCCGUAUUCUGAUAACUUAAAAAUAAAUGAAUUCAAGUAUCGUGGUAGAUGUCUUGCAGUUGAGUAAAGCCCGAGUAGAAUAUCCAUCAGCAUUACUUUUUGUAUCAUUACAAAACUCACUAUGAUAUAUUUACUUUGCCUGACUGCACUAAACUUAGUCAAUCCACUAAAUAAAUAUCCCAGACAUAACCUCGUAUUUUCCACGAAGUGACGAAUUUGACGUGACAAAAAUCCACGAUGUAUGCAUUCAAGCCAUUUGUGUGCAUCAAGCAUGAGGCUAUGAGUGUGGAAAGACCAAAAGCUAGAAGUGGUCACAGAAUCGCAUGUGAUCACCAGAAUCUCUACUCUUACGGGGGAUUUAAUCCAGGCAUAUCUGACGAUGAUCCGGACAUGCAGAAUGACCAUACCUGGAUAGAGAGCAAACCCUUAUUCAAAGAACUAUGGAAAUUCAAUCUAGUAACUCAGGAAUGGCGGCGCUUGCCUUGCCAGGAAAAUAUGCCCAAUCAUUUGGCAUCUAACGCUGUUAUUCUGAAGGGCGACAUAUUGAUGGUUUAUGGGGGAACAGGUGUACCAUUUGGGGAUAGUUGCAGCAAUCGUCUCUACAUAUGUAAUGUAAAGGAUGGAAAAAUGCAGAUGGUACCAGCCCAGGGCAACUCACCCCUACCUCAGUAUGGCCAAGCCCUUGUUAGUCAUGGACCAUACUUGUACACUGUGGGUGGGACGACAGGCUAUGAUUAUACAUGCGAUAUCCAUAGAUUUGACCUGAGAAAGGCCAUUUGGGAACACGUUUACAUAUGUGCCGGACGAGAUAGGUUUGAGCCAAGAGGAAGAUAUCGACAUGAGCUAGCAUUUGAUGGCAGUAAAAUAUACGUACUUGGUGGAGGCACUGCCACAGAAGCCUUUGGAUUUUUGGAAAUACCAGCUUUUGAUUUGGACACUAACAAAUGGACGAUUUUGCAUACCCUAAGAGACAGUGAUUUCAAUUCAGUUCCUGCUCCAAGAAGGUGUCACGGUGCUGUUCAAUAUACAGAUGACACAACAGGAGUAACUUCAGUGGUUAUUUCCGGGGGAUAUGAUGGCAUUUAUAUAUUCUCUGACGUAUGGCGACUGAACCUGAAAACUCUGCAAUGGAGUUGUCUGAGAAAGUGCAUCCUUCCAAACCCUGUAUACUUUCAUUCAGCUGCAUUGACACCCGAAGGGUGCAUGUACACUUUUGGAGGAAUAGUAAAGGAAGGCGCCGAAGCCUUUUCAGUGGCUAGAACAGAUGCUGUCCAUUCAGUUUGGCUUACAAUUCCAAAGUUAUCAGAGAUUUGCUGGCAAGCUUUAAAUUAUUACGAUAGAAAUUUGAAAUAUUUUUCCCCUGAUGAGCUUCUGCAUAUUGGCAUACCAAAUAAAUUUGUACAAAGGAUCGAACACGACGUUCUAUAACCAACGAUAUCGAUUACGCAGUUAAGAAUCUUGAAAUGACUGAAAGUUUUACUAAAAAAUUUCAGUUUUUAUUAGAUUUCGUUGAAUGAUUCACGAGUAAAAUAUUGUUCCCAGUUAUUUAUCCCAAUGUACAACCUUGUUAUCGAUGAAAUCUCUGAAGAUUAUCGAAAGUUUGAUCGCCAAUACCUGGUAAGAAAAACAAGAAAACGGUAAAUGAAUUUGAUCCUCUUGGAAAUUGCUUUCCUUGUCAAACACGCUCGAUUCGAGCUACUGUCUUGAUUUCGAAUUAAUUACAUUACAAUGAUUACAUUCGUUAAUGUUGACUAAUUGUAAAUUGAUUACACUGUAAUCGGUUUUCUGAUACCUUCACUAAAACGAUUUCAGUGAAUGUUCCUGCAAAACUCCUAGUAUUUAAUUACUUUCACUAAAUAAGUAACAUGUACAAUUGAAUAUGAAUUCUUCAAUACAUUUCAUUUUCAGCUA